UGGAAUUUUAUAGAGCGUAAAAAAGAAGUCAUGAAAUAUCUUCUGAUAGUCUCUUUACUUGUAUUUCUGCAUAUGCCUGGCGUUAAAUGCUGUCGUCAAUACUAUAUAGGAGUCGAGACGGUGUAUAAAUACGAGUGUGUCACCUGGUUUAUAUUUUGCGUGGACCAUGACAAUGUCCCAUAUCAAGAAUAUCGACAGCGAUUUCGAUGUUGUUCUGGUUGGACUGGCUAUAACUGUCAAAGUCCUAUCUGUGGCUUCGACUGCAAAAAUGGAGGUAGAUGCAUUGCUCCAAAUGUAUGCAGAUGUCCAAGAGGGUACACAGGGAAAGAAUGUGAAAGGCCUGUAUGUUAUGGUAGUUGUGGAUUUGGCGAAUGCAGCAGACCUAACCACUGCACAUGUUAUCCAGGCUAUACUGGGACAAGGUGUGAUAUUCCUGUAUGCAACCCCACCUGUCUGAACAAUGGGAUAUGUGUUCGACCCAAUACAUGUCAGUGUACCGGGUAUUCUGGGAGGAGGUGUGAGCAACCAAUCUGCUUUCCACCUUGUAUGAAUGGAGGAACAUGUAAUCAGCAUCGAACAUGCUCUUGCACUCAGAAUUACAGAGGAUCAUCUUGUACAAUCCCGGUUUGCAAUCCACGCUGUGGAAACAGAGGUACUUGUGUUGCUCCUAACCAGUGCAAAUGUGAUGGGACCUUCACAGGAUCUACAUGUCAAAAUCCUGUGUGUUUUGGUAGUUGUGGACAUGGCUAUUGCAGCAGACCUAACCAUUGUACAUGUUAUCAGGGCUAUUCCGGAGCAAAAUGUGAUGUUCCUGUGUGCAAUCCCACUUGUCUGAACAAUGGGAAGUGCGUUGGUCCCAAUACAUGUCAGUGCAAUGGGUAUUCUGGAAACAGGUGCGAGAAGCCAAUCUGCUCACCACUCUGCAUGAAUGGGGGAACUUGUAGUCAGUCUAGACAGUGUAUUUGUACCUCCUCCUACAAAGGGCCAGAUUGUACAAUUCCGGUAUGCAGUCGAAGUUGUAGAAAUGGAGGUACCUGUGUGGCUCCAAACCAGUGUUCAUGUGAUAGCACCUUCACGGGAUCCACAUGUGAAACACCCUUGUGUUCAUACCACUCGCCUUGCUUUCCUGGUAGUUGCAAUGACACUAUCAAUUGUCAAUGCAAAGAAGGAUUCAGGGGACGGUCCGGAUUGGAACUUUGCAGAACAAUGACAUCUUUGGAGAGACCUACACUAGGCCAAUGUAGGUCUUUCCUUGCGAACAUAGAAAGAACUGGACAAAAGAGAGAACUGUACAGAUAUAUGGCUGAUUCCUCGGGAGUGCACUCGACUAGACUCGACACAAGAUGGGUGAACCAGAAAGAUUAUAACUAUAUCAAUGUACAAUUUUCCGCAACAUUUCAAAAUCUCGCUGGACUGCACUUUCCACAAUACGUGAAGGAAUUCAAAUUUGGAAUUGUCUCUGGGAUGAUCCAGAUGGAUUUAAACAAAGUGGAUAGAAAGGAUCCAUCGAAACCUUUCAUCAGUAUUAAUAGGACCAUCCUUGACUGUCCCAAUAACCCUGGUUCUAUUUCUCCCAAUGAAGAUGUUUAUUGGUGCAAUCUAACAAAUCCUAAUUUUGAUCGACUUCUGGAACAUGGAGACAACUUGACCUUAACAGCAAUUGCAACAAACGGGGGAUAUCGUACAAUCGAGACACCUAAUGGAGAACAAGUAAACACAUUCAUAGGACAGAACUCCAGCAAAACUACGCAAUUUCGGUUUGAUUUUGUCAACCCCCAUCACUGUUUAUUGGAUGGAAAUUGUCAUUCGGUGGCUUUUAACGUUGACAAAGAUAUAACGAAGGAAUCAAUUAAGUUUUCAUGGGAUGGCUGGCUGGAUGAUAUGUCAGGGAUAGAAAAAUAUACUAUUCAGAAGUAUUUUCUGACAGCCAGCAAUGAAAUACCCUCCAGACUACAUGAACGAGACCCCUGGGGACCUAUGCAGACAUUCGAAUUCAAUAACACCGCCGAUUCCUUUACACACAUUCCUGAUAAACCUGGGAUGUACUCCUUCCUUCUGAAUGUUAUUGAUGCUGCAAAUAAUACGGAGUACGUUCGGACUCUGGUUCUUUAUGAUCCAACCUCUGAAAUAACUGUCUCCAACACACCGUCAGCCUCAAUCAAAACCAUGAGUGCGAGAGAAGAAUCAGGUUACAUGUGGCAGGACAACUUAGAUAGUGUUAUUGAAAUUUCCUGGAAAAACCAUUUUGAAAAUAAAUUUCACGCCGAUAACAAAUUGUUAAAUCCUGUAAAACCUUUCAAAUACUACCAGUUUAUCACAAACAUAAAAAAAUAUGUAAAUCCACGAAUGGAGGACCUUGAUGGAAAAAGAACAUUAAAUGGAAUCAGGAAUAUCAAUGGAAUAAUCAAAUUCGACUACGCCUAUCGGCAUGGAAAUUUGGGAAAUUCUACCCCUAAUCAGUGGAUACCUGUAAAUAACUCUUUUUCGGAAAACCAAACUUUCUUUAUUACAAGAAGAGAUGGCGAUGCCAUUACCUUCUGGAUAAGAGCUACAGAUAUCAUGGGAAAUACAAAGACAGACAUGACCCACAUUUACUUUGAUUCAUCGCCUCCAGAAUUGCUGAAAAGCACCGAUGUUUCAUUUACUCCAAAUCUGAACAUAUCAACAUACUCCUUCUCUAGCCGCGUACAAGUUGCUGCAGUUGACCAAGACAGUGGUAUUUUUAAAAUCGACUGGAGAUUGAUUGCAAACGAAAGUGGAAUUGUGUUCAAAUCUGGAAAUAUCUCUGGGAACAAGACAAUGAGAGACCCCGGAUACAGUAAUGGAUAUGGGAUUGUCACUGGAGAAUUCUUCUACAUCAGUCAUUACCUAGAUGUGAACAACUGCUGGAUGGUUGUUUCUAAAGACAGUUUCCAAACAGAAUUCGUUUUGCUUGAAUUAACUGUAUUCAACAUGGCAAUGAAGUCAACCGUGUAUAAUACUACGAUAUCCGACUUGAACUCACUUGAUGGAAUAGAUGAAUAUUCCGGUCCAAUGCACUUACACGUCGCAAAAACAUACCACAACGGUGUACGUCUGAAGUGGAAUGUGGCGCCAAGUUGUUACAGCAGAUCCAAAAUUGUCGUGCGGUACUUUUCAUCAGAUGGUAAAAGAUUCUCGAGAUUCAUCGAUAAAAAUGCUGAUUGGUUUGAUCUAACUGGACUGGACUCUGAGAAGAGUUACAAUUUGUCGUUCGUGACGGAAUAUAGUGAUCAGCAAAGCGACCCUGUGUAUUUGUCCUUCACUACUCUUGAGGCUCCUGGCUUAACCGGCGGAGCAAUCGCGGGAAUAUCCAUCGUCAUCAUACUUCUUCUUGGAAGUGUCAUCACAAUGGUGGUGCUGUGGAGAAUGGGUCGUCUCUCUCUAGUGAAGGAACGAAUUCAAAGGAGAGUUACAGUGGUUCGAAAGAGAAUUAACAACCGAUUUUCCACCGCACACAAUAAUCGGUCUUUUGACGAGGACAUUUACAUUUAUGGUCAUAUGGAAUUUAAUGAGACAGACAGCUGGAUUUUACCAUCCUCAACAAUCGUGCUGGAGUCUCUGAUAACGAGUGGACGAUUUGCAGACAUUUAUAAGGCCAUUUACAAGUCUAAAAAGAACACAGAUGAAAGAGGGAUUGUUGUGGCGAAAGUGAUGAAAAGCGGAUUCUCAGAGGAAGAUGUACUGAUGAUGAAGGCAAAAAUCAACUUCCUCGGAAAACAGGUGGGAGAACAUCAAAACAUCCUGUUGUUCGUAGGCGCUGUUGUGGACAAUGGCACUCUCGGACCAUACAUGAUCCUGGAGUUAUGUGAAAAAGGACAGUUACGAGACUGGUUACUGCAGCAACAGAAUGGAACGACUGACGACACGAUAGAACAGCUUUGUCGCAUUAUUUACGGCAUUUCCAGGGGAAUGUGUCAUUUGGAAACAAAACAGAUUGUACAUCGAAAACUUGCUGCAAGAAACGUAUUACUGACUGAUGAUCUAGAGCCGAAGAUUUAUGGAUUUGGACCAGAACCUCCUCAAAAGGGUGAUCGUGAUGGUGACGGGAACGUAAAAUCUGAAGACAAGGAACGUAUUCCCAUUAAAUGGACAGCACCGGAAUGCCUUACUUCAAUGAAAGAAACAACUACUAAAAGCGAUGUAUGGUCAUUUGGUGUUCUUGUCUGGGAGGUCUUCAGCUUUGGAGAGAGUCCUUAUCCAGGAAUGAGAAGCAGGGAAAUUAAAGAGCAAGUAAACAACGGACACAGAAUGAAAAGACCCGAGUUUGCCGACGAUUUCUACUACAAACUAAUGAUGCAAUGCUGGCAGGCAAAGCCGAAGCAGAGACCAACUUUCAAGGAAGUCAUGAAGGACAUUGGUGAGACCUUCAACUCUACACCAUCCGAUGAAUGCUAUUACUAUUCCGAGAAAUAGGGAAACGGCACCAAAGACACUUGUAACAACACAUUAUUAUAUGUAACCGGAAAAUGAUUUUGAAUUUCCUAUAUCAAAUUGUAAAAUAGUUGAUUUACUGUAUCCACAUAUAUCCGAGACAUUAUUUGAGAGAUUCUGGCGUUUUAUAUAUCAUAUGUGGUGAUGGUUAUUAGUAAUUCAAAUGUUAACAAUUAAUAAACACUGUGAUUAGUUUUUUUACGGUAUGCACAUGCAGUAGUGCCUAACCUUAAAUACGAUAAUCAUAAACUUGCUUAUAGCGCUUGUUCACUAAUUUUAAAAAUGUGUUUGAUUUUGACAUUUGAAAUUUAUCUUACUUUGUGUGAUUAACAAAAUUAACAAGCAACGCAUCACACGUAUAUGCAUGCAGUUUCUGUUCACAUCCAUACAACUGAGAGUUUAACAUAACAUUAUUUAAUGAAUAGUUUAGUGUAAUUUCUGUACAAUUGCACAGUAUUAAAAUAGUUAUGUAAUGAAUGCUGUAAUUUCUGGACAAUUGGUCGUACAUGUACAUGCAAUACUGUAAUCAGAUGUGAUAUAACACGCUACAAAUGUUCUUGUUGAAUUAAUCAAUUUCCCCUUUAUAUUUGAAUUUGAUCAUUUUCGACAGUCUCUUAUUAUACUUAUUAUACUUAAUAAAACAGUCAUACGUUUC